UCCACUGAAUGAAUCUGACCCUCAGUUGUGACACGGGCCCUAUUCGACGGGGAAAACGUGUGGAUAUUCAUCAAAACAGAAGUAAAUAACAACAAGUGCAUAUUACAAGUGAGAAGUCGGAAUUAGUUUUGGUCAUAUGAGAAAGGGUUCCGAUUGUAGUUGCACUUUCCACUUGGAUUUUAAAGUGUAAGUUCUUUUCGCCGGCUCUCCCAACCGGCAGUACCACAGCUGAUCGGACUUCGUCAAUCUGCUGAAUGACAGGUGUUCAUAUCAACACGCCGCCGUCAACAAGACCCGUCGCCACAACUCACUAAAACACAUCACUUCAUUUAGUCGACCAACAAGAAGCCAAGACGAAGUUCCCAAACAGUCACACGUCCAAAUCCCCAGCCAAAAUGCCAAUUCUAACACGUGACCAUUUGGCCAACAAGUUCCGUCAGAACUGGGCCGCCAAACACCCCCUUGAUUCCUGCAGCGGGGGAGGGGUCAAUCUAGAUGACAGCUUGACCAGUCUCAGCUGGCUUCAGAACCUCAACAUCAUGAACAUCACGUCCCCCACACCACCUCCUAGUCCGGGACCACAAGACACCUCCAACCGAGCCUUCAAGAACAACAACAACAACAACGUGUGCGUGUUGACCACCGUCCAGCCCCCCAAGGUUGACUCGCGUAUAAACCUGGCCGACCCCGCACCAGCCUGCCUCGGGUACGGCACAGACUCCAUCGACUACAAGGCCAACCCAUAUGUGAAGCCCCCCUACUCAUACGCUACACUUAUCUGCAUGGCAAUGAAAGAGACGAAGAAGAAUAAGAUCACCUUGUCUGCCAUCUACAACUGGAUAACCGAGAACUUCAUGUAUUACAGAAUGGCCGAGCCGAGCUGGCAGAAUUCCAUACGCCAUAACCUCUCUCUAAACAAAUGCUUUGAGAAGGUCCCCCGGCGCAAGGACGAGCCAGGGAAAGGUGGUUUCUGGAGGUUGAAUCCCGAGUACAGCGAUAUGAUCGAGAAUGGUAUCUUCAAGAAAAGAAGAGGGAGCAGGGAUUCCUGCCCAGCCCCACCCGCCAAGAAGAUCAAGAAAGAGGAAGACCCCUACAGCUUUUUGCACGACAACAACAAGAACCAACGCGAAGACAAGUUGCUAAGCAACGGCUCAGUGAUACAUUUCAGUUGUCAGGAUGAAGAUGAGGAGGAGGACCCUGCGUUAAAGGGGGACUUCAACUGGACCUCUAUAUUGAGUCAAGACAUUGAAAUAGCUGGGAUUAAAAUCAAAACAGAACAGCUGCUUAAUGACGAUUCCGAUGCUGGGCCUUUAAUAGCAAUGAGCCCUCCUAGUUCAGAAACCAACUCAGACGAUUUAGGUUUGGACGACUUGUUGUCCCAAACAGACCUCGUCAAUUCGGAUUUCGCUCUAGAUUUCACGAACAAUUGUCCCUUGGAUUUAACCGUUAGUGGCACAGGAAUCAAGGCACCCGAUUGGUGGGAAGUUGGGGUUAAUGGUCGCAGCAGUUUGACAGACAUUGCCAACACAAAUGACAGCCGUCUAUCAACACCUGUCCAUCAACCUGGCUAUGAAGAUCAUAUCAGCUGGGAUGAUGGGCCUAGUGUGGCAGAUAUUGCUAGUGCUUUCGACGUUGAUAAUCUGUUUGACAUUGAAAACAUACCAAGUCCUCGAUUAUUAUGAGGAAUCGUUUUAUAGACUACCAUCAGCAUUACACAUUCAGUGUGUACCCUAGAAGGUUCAUUGAGGAGAUUACACCAAAACAGUCGAUCGGGCUCAGGGCAUGCUUGUGAAAUCAGUAUUGUAAUGAUGUCCCGUAAAUAGACGUGCCAAAGAUAUGUAAGGAGCUUGUAAGGCGUGAUGCCUGAGAAUGGACAACGACAUAGGGUAUAUCUUGUACAUAUCAACCUAUUUAUAUGAAAGACCAGUGGUAUAUGUGAUCAUUCUCUGCUCACAGCUUGAGACCUGCCGUUGUAUAUUUCAAAAACACGGUGUAGAUUGCAGGCCUCGGUUUCACGACAUACCAUCAAACUCGGGAAAGUUUCUUUAUUUCGUAUUUAACUGGCAUAUAAGUGCUAUACUUUGACUUAUCUGCAGCUUUGAUUCCUGUUUUAGAAAACACGUGAAAUCAAAACCACUUAACAGUGCAUUCCAGAGUGUACUGAUAUGUACAACAGUGUCUCUUUCACAUGACGAGUGAUUUAUCACGCUUGACGUGUGUAUUGUUAAUGGAGGCGGUCCAAAGAAACGUUCAAACAUUGUUUUAUAACAAACGGUGUAAUUCCGAGGUCUGAUUCCCGUGAAAAAUGCACUUGUUAAUGGUUGUACAUUGCAGAUGUCCAUUUCAUUUACAUAUUUAUUUCAUUGUGUUGCGUGAGUGUGAUACUGACAUGCCCAUCACAAAUCCGUCCAUAUUUAUCUAUUUAUAUCAAAAUUGUGAUAUUUUUCUAAAAAAAAUGCAUUUUUUGCGAGAAUAAAUGCAAUGAUUUA